CUCCAUUGUGGUUCAACCAAUAGAAGCACAGCUCCAUCUUGGCUGUGCACUAGACUGCAUUACAAACAGACGGAUACCAUCGCUUCAACUGCAGCCUUUCAGACAAGAGCCAUUAUUUCCUGAUUCAGAUCACCUGUCCUGGAAGUUUAAAGGAGUGGAAAUAGACAGAAAUACACUGAACCAAGAAGAUUCAAACGAGCUAUAUAAGAAGUGGAAUCUCUAAGAAUGGCCUCCCAGAGCUCAAGCCUCUGGAAUGAAACAACUACAUCUGUUUAUCAGUACUUUGGUUUUCAAGUUCAAAAAAUUUACCCUUUCCAUGAUAACUGGAACACUGCCUGCUUUGUCAUUCUGCUUUUAUUUAUAUUUACAGUGGUAUCUUUAGUGGUGCUGGCUUUCCUUUAUGAAGCGCUUGACUGCUGUUGCUGUGUAAAAAACAAAACUGUGAAAGACUUGAAAAAUGAACCGAACCCUCUUAGAAGUAUGAUGGACAACAUCAGAAAACGUGAAACUGAAGUGGUCUAGUACUCUACAUAAGAUGAACAAAAGCUCUGAAAACAGCCGUCAAUUACUGAGAAAAAAAGAAAAAUUUCUGAGGUCAACCGUUAUUACAAAACCGACUACGAAUAAUUAAAAGAUUUCUACUAGAAGGGAAAAACAAGUUAAA